AUGCUAAUUAAAUGACUUUAUUAAUAAAUAUUUUAAUAAAUGGCUGCCACUCUUGAAUAAAUAAAAAAGGAAAUAGCAGCAUAAUAAGAAGCUUAGAAUGGAGAAUUAGAAGAUUUGGAUAUUGAGGGAAUCGCAAUUGGUCAAUUUGAUUCUCAAUCAGCAAAUGUUAUUCAAUAACAUUAGAAUUUGAUAAGUUUGAGUUUAGUGGAAUGUUAAUUGAAAAACUUAGAAGGAUUCCCAAAACUAGCAAAUUUAGAAAAUCUAAUUUUGGAGGCAAAUUAAUUAGAUGGUUAAGCCAUAACAUACAUAAGCAAAAAUUUUAAGAAAUUAGCAUGUUUAAGUCUAGCAGAUAAUAAAAUAUCAAAAUUUGAAGUAUGAUAAGACAAAUAAAAUAAUAGGAAGUAGAGCCAUUGAAAUCCCUAAAGCAAUUACAACAGUUAGAUUUAGCUGACAAUCCUAUUACUUAACUUCCAGGAUAUUUCAAUAAAAUUUUUGAGAUCAUUCCAAGUUUAUAAGUUUUAGAUAAUAAGGAUAAGGAAGGUUAAGAGAUUCAAUAUUCUGUAAUACUAAUAUUAAUAAAUUGAUUAGAGUGAAGGUGAAGAUGAAGGAGAUGAAUUUGAUGAUUUAGGUGGUAAAGAAGGAGAUGAAGAUGAUGAUGAAGAAUUUGAUUAAGAUGAUGAUGAUGAUGAUGAAGAAUCUGAUGUUAAACCAGUUAAGAAGAAUAAAAAAUGAAGUUUGUUUGUUCUUUUUAGAUCAUUUAUAAAAUGUGUUUUAUAAUAUUUUUAA